AUGCUGCAGAGAGCAGCGUUGAAAUUAGAGCGAGUGUCAAGUUUCAUUCGGGAGCAUUUCCUUAAGAUCGGAGAACAGAUUGAAAUGGGAGUCACAAUAGAAAAGCAUGAACCUCUUCAUCUGCGGGUCAACGAUGUCCCGGUCUGGUCCGCUGCUCUGAUGUUUGGAUUCCAACAAGCAAUGAUUUGUUUAUCUGGUCUCUUGGUCUACCCAUUCAUCAUAUCUGAAGCAGUAUGCGCCGGUGAUGCUACGGUUCAACUCCGGGUACAACUUAUAGCAGCAACAUUUGUUAGCUGUGGAAUUGCCACUAUCAUUCAAACUACAUUUGGUUUGAGGUUAUGUGUGCUGAAUGGUCCUGCAAUGGCAUUUUUGCCUCCUCUGUUGGCAUAUAAAGCUCUUCGUGCGAGUGAGUGUACAUUCACCGAAUUAGACACUGUCAAUCCGGACAUCUGGCAGGGAAGGCUACAAGAAAUAUCUGGAAGUCUUCUGGUCGCAUGUGUUUCCUUUAUCAUAAUUGGUGGAACGGGAAUGGCCGGUCUCUUGGCAAGGUUGAUCGGUCCAAUUACGAUUGUUCCCCUGAUGAUCUUGCUCACAGCAAGUGUAGUACCUACUGUCGAAAGCAAACUGUCACUUCAUUGGAUCUCAUUAGUGAUGCUUGCAUGUGUUGUUGCUAUGGCUGUAUACAUGGAAAACAUGCGGAUCUCUCUGCCAUGUUAUUCAAUCGAGAAGAAACGCUUCUUUACAACAAAAGUUCGACUAUUUGGGCAAUUUCCGUACCUGCUCAGUAUUCUCCUAGUAUGGUUCAUAUGUUAUUUGAUGACGAUAACGGGUUUUGAACCUGAGGGUGGUCAAGCUAGGACAGAUAAAAAUGUUUCGAUGUCGGUGCUAAAAGAGUCACCAUGGUUUCAGGUGCCGUAUCCCGGGCGAUUUGGAUUGCCCCGAUGGAGCAUAGGUCUUUGUAUGGCUUACUUGGCUUCUUGCUUAUCUAGUGUAAUUGAAAACAUCGGCUCAUAUGAUCUAUUGGCAAGAGUUUCGGAGCAGCGACCACCACCUAAGAAUGCUGUCAAUCGAGCGAUAAUGGUCGAAGGUAUUGGCAGCAUGUUGGCUGCUGUUAUGGGCGUGAGCACAGGUGUCACGACAUUUGGCGAGAAUAUCGCACUUAUCCACAUUACCAGGGUGGCCAGCCGAUCUACAAUGCAAAUCGCUGGAGCUUUGCUCAUUAUCAUGGGUUUGUUCACAAAAAUGGCAGCUCUCUUGGCCUCAAUACCAGAUGCGCUUGUGGGUGCAGUUCUUAUGAUGGGCAUGUCAAUGAUAGCCGGUGUUGCGAUGAGUAAUCUGCAGCUUAUUGAUUUGAAACUCACUCGCAACCUCUCUAUUCUGGGACUAUCGCUGCUGACAGGAUUAGUACUUCCGCUUCAUCUUGAGAGGAGCCCCAUCAGAACGGGUAAUGCUGAUUGGGAUCAAAUCAUAAACAUGCUGUUGAGCAUUAAAAUGCUUGUUGGUGGAGUCGUCGCUGUGAUCCUAGAUAAUUCUGUGCCAGGAGCAACAUUACGUCAGCGAGGAUUGAAACGACAUGAUGAGGAAGAAAAACAAGAAAAGAUCGAACAACUGGAAGAUGAUGGGUAUGCUUUCCCAGAAUAUGUGAAUAGGAUACUUCGAGCAAUGCCAUUUUUGCAACUUCUGCCUUUCUUGCCUAGUCAUCCACCCUCGAAACCAUCUCCGUCACGAGCUCAAAGUAUUUCGCCGGGUGACGUGGCGUGAUGAUAUAUUGUUGAAAACUUGUUCAUGUACAUAC